GGAAAGGAAAAAUAAAGAGAUAAAAAGGAAAGUAGAGAGAGAAAGGGAGAGGGAUUAGUAGGAAACUUCAUCAUCAUCUCCAUGAGAGAUAAAUCAAUCUCCGCAAAAGACCCUUUUGACUCUUUCUCUCUCUUCCCAGGGGUGGAUUCACAUCUUCACGACCCCUUCGUUUCAUAUCUACAUUUGUUCUUCAUCUGACCGACAUGCUGUUCGCCGCAUUCUUUUCCGUCAUUUUUUCAAAAUUCCUAGAGAAAUCGUAAUUCUGGCGCGAUUGGAAUUUCUGUGAUCCAAAAAAUCUCAGGGCACCGUUCUUUUUGGAGGAUUAUUGAGAUUAAAGCUUCACAUAUUCUGAACCAUGGGUAACUGCUGUGCGGCUCCUUCCGGUUCGUCCAAUGCCAAGAAGAAAAAGAACAAACCUAACCCGUUUUCGAUUGACUACAGCGCGGAGCAUGGAUCAGGGGGCUCGAACAAGCUUGUCGUGCUGAAAAACCCAACGGGUGACGACAUAAAUUCCCAGUAUGAUCUGGGCCGGGAGCUUGGCAGGGGAGAAUUCGGGGUCACCUACCUAUGCACUGACAUUGAGACCGGGGAAAAAUUGGCCUGCAAGUCCAUAUCCAAAAAGAAGCUGAGGACAGCUGUAGAUAUUGAGGAUGUGAGGCGGGAAGUGGAGAUCAUGACCCGCAUGCCCAGCCACCCGAAUAUCGUGACCCUUAAGGCAACUUAUGAGGAUGAUAGUGCUGUUCAUAUAGUGAUGGAGCUUUGUGAAGGUGGGGAGUUGUUUGACCGGAUUGUGGCCAGAGGGCAUUACACGGAGAGGGCAGCUGCGUAUGUGAUGAGAACGAUUGUUGAAGUUGUUCAGAUGUGCCACGGGCAAGGAGUGAUGCAUCGUGAUCUUAAACCUGAGAACUUUCUUUUUGCAAAUAAGAAAGAAACGAGCCCCCUAAAAACAAUUGACUUUGGCUUGUCUGUCUUCUUCAAACCUGGCGAGAAGUUUAAUGAGAUUGUUGGAAGCCCUUAUUACAUGGCUCCAGAGGUUUUGAAACGAAAUUAUGGCCCAGAGGUCGACAUUUGGAGUGCUGGAGUUAUACUAUACAUUCUACUUUGUGGUGUUCCUCCCUUCUGGGCAGAAACCGAACAAGGAGUAGCGCAAGCAAUUAUUCGUUCGGUGAUUGAUUUUAAGAGAGAUCCGUGGCCUAAAGUAUCAGACAGUGCAAAGGAUCUCGUUAAGAAAAUGCUCAAUCCAGAUGCCAGCCAGCGUCUCACCGCUCAGCAAGUCCUUGAGCAUCCAUGGUUACAGAAUAUAAAGAAGGCCCCUAAUGUCUCACUUGGUGAGACUGUGAAAGCAAGGCUCAAGCAAUUCUCCGUGAUGAAUAAGCUCAAAAAGAGAGCGCUAAGGGUUGUAGCCGAACACUUGUCAGUGGAGGAGGUGGCUGGAAUUAAGGAAGCUUUUGAUAAGAUGGACACUGGGAAGAGGGGUAAGAUUAACCGUGAUGAAUUCAAAGCUGGUUUGCACAAACUUGGCCACCAAAUACCCGAUACAGAUCUUCAAAUCCUAAUGGAAGCUGCUGAUGUUGAUGGAGAUGGGACUUUGAAUUACGCGGAGUUUGUUGCUGUUUCGGUGCAUCUAAGAAAAAUGGCCAAUGAUGAACACCUACACAAAGCCUUUGCAUUUUUCGAUAGAAACCAAAGUGGUUAUAUAGAGAUUGAAGAGCUUCGUGAUGCUUUGAGCGAUGAAGACGAUGCUAAUAACGAGGAAGUUAUCACUGCUAUCAUGCAUGAUGUCGACACGGAUAAGGACGGGCGCAUAAGUUUCGAAGAAUUUGCUGCCAUGAUGAAAGCUGGUACGGAUUGGAGAAAAGCAUCGAGACAGUAUUCUCGCGAGAGAUUCAACAGUCUUAGCUUGAAGUUAAUGAGGGAUGGCUCUCUUCGAUUAGCUAAUGAAGGCAGAUAAAUUACUACAAAAUGCUAAUGAUGAAGAGUGAGAAGGUGCUAAUACGAGACAUCCACAUUUUCCCUGUGUUCUUUCUUUUGAUUUGUUUUUUUGAUUCCAAGCCAGUUUAUCGACUUGCUAUUUUCGUGUAUGUAUUUUUU